GUGGUCUCUCUGCUCUCUGCUGCCUGUCGGACUGCUUUUCUCCUCGGACUCUCUCAAGGACCAUGUCUCCGCCCUCCAGCUCCUGGACUCCCUCUUCCCCUCUUCACGGUCUCCUCCUGACAUGAACGACUGAAUCUGAGGACGCAGCACCCCCUGCUGGACCCCUGCUGCAGCCGCAGGCCAUGGCUGAGUCCAGUUACUCCGACCUGAUCGCCAAGCACUACAACUACACCGGAAAGUUCCGUAAGACGGCGCAGGACUCGGGCCUGAAGGCCGACUCAGUGGUAUUCAUCAUUGUGUGCUGCUUCAUCAUCCUGGAGAACAUUCUGGUCCUCACCACCAUCUGGAGGACCAAGAAGUUCCACAAACCCAUGUACUACUUCAUUGGGAACCUGGCGCUGUCUGACCUGCUGGCCGGUGUUGUCUACACUGCCAACAUCCUGCUGUCGGGCGCCAACACCUACAAGCUGACGCCCACACAGUGGUUCUUCAGGGAGGGCAGCAUGUUCGUGGCGUUGGCGGCGUCCGUCUUCAGUCUGCUGGCUAUCGCCAUUGAGCGCCACCUGACCAUGCUGAAGAUGAAGCUGCACAACAACGGGAACACGUUCCGCGUCUUCCUGCUCAUUAGCACGGUGUGGAUGAUCGCCGCCGUGCUGGGCGGUCUGCCUGUGAUGGGCUGGAACUGCAUCGGGAGCAUGACGCAGUGCUCCACCGUGCUGCCGCUCUACCAUAAGACCUACAUCCUGUUCUGUACCACCGUCUUCAGCAUCAUCCUCAUGGCCAUUGUCGUUCUCUAUGCACGGAUCUACGCCCUCGUUCGCACGCGCAGCCGUAAGCUCGUCUUCCGUAAAGUCACCAACGGGCGCGGGAACGCUGGGGCCAACAUCAAGAGCAACGAGAAGUCGAUGGCGCUUCUGAAGACAGUCAUCAUCGUCCUGAGCUGCUUCAUUGCCUGCUGGGCGCCGCUCUUCGUCCUCCUGCUGCUGGACGCCGCCUGUGAGACACUCACCUGUCCCAUCCUCUACAAGGCCGAGUGGUUCCUGGCGCUCGCCGUCCUCAACUCAGCCAUGAACCCGCUCAUCUACACGCUGACCAGCAAUGAGAUGCGCCGCGCCUUCAUCAAGACGCUGCUGUGCUGCACCGCCUGGCUCCGCCCCAGGCCCAAGUUCACGGGGCCAAUCAUGGGGGCCGAGUUCAGCCGCAGUAAGUCGGAUAAUUCCUCCCAUCCCAACAAAGAGGAGGCGGAGUACUCGCAGAGGGAGACGACAGCGGCGUCCUCAGGGAACGUCACCUCCUCGUCCUAAACGCUCGCUGUGAACGAGUCGUAGAGUCUCAGACGUAGGGUUUGAUUCGGCAGGAAGCAUGAACGGCGCACGGCGGCGGCGUCACAACUGAACUGAACUGAGCUCAGCUGAUACACUCUCACAGCACUUAUGGAGACUUUGAACUGGUUUAACUGGGACCAGUGGACCCUCAGAUGAAGAUGCUGUGCACUUAGUAAGACGCUCACACCUCUACGAGUCACAUCGAGUCACAUCAAGUCACUUCAGUCCGGCCUGCAGGACGAUCAGCUGAUGUGGGUGGAGCUGAUCUGAAGAAGAGACCGGUGUGAGACUAGAACGUAGAAAACUGGCUGUACUGACCCUCUAAGAACCUCUAGAACCUUUAGAACGUAAACACAGCGCUGAAAUAUUUAAGGAGUACAAAUUAAUUCAUACAAAUGUUUUUUCUCCACUUUUCUUAUCAAAACUUCACAUGAAAGUCAAACAGGAAGUCAGAGAUCAGCUGAUUUUUGGUUGAAAUGAUAAAUACUAAAAAUGUGAAGUUAAAAUUAAUGUUUAUCUUUUAUUUUGAAAAGGUGCCGCAGAGGAAGCUGAUCUCUGACUCUCUGAGAUUUUAAGAUAUUCUGUAAAAAGUUAACUUUGUAAAGCUGUAGAAACUUAAAGGGGCCCCAGGUGGACAUGGGAAAAAAUGUAAAGUGAUGUUCCAUGGGGCUGUGGAUGUGAAGAUACAUUUAAACGGUCCCUUUAAAUUUUCUUCUGCUCACUAGAAGUCUUCCCAUGAGCUUUGAUUUGUUUCAUAUUACAUAUUUUAACCACAUUCUUUUUAUUCCAUGUCCCUCUAGGGCAGGGGUGUCAAACUCAAUCACAGCAGGGGCCAGAUUCUGGAUUCAGGACUGACCCGAGGGCCUAACAGGGUCAACAUUUAACCAGAAACUGUCAUCAUCGUAUCAUCAGUAACGAAUUAAAUUUAAAAUCAUGAGUUUUAAAGGUCCAAAUAUGAGAUAAAAUUCAAAAUAAUACACUUUAGAAUUCAAACUAUAAGAUUAAAGAAGUCAAAAUCAUGAGUUUUAAAGGUCAAAUAAUGAGAUAAAACUGGAACUCAUGAGUUUUAUCAAUCAAAAUAUGAGAAAAAAAUCAAAAUCAUAAGUUUUAAGAGACAAAAUGACAUAAAACUGUAUAUCAUGGGUUCUAUCUGUCAAAACAUGAGAUAAAAUUCAAAAUAAUACACUUUAAAAUUCAGAUUAUCAGAUGAAAUGUCAAAAUCAUGAGUUUUAAAGUCAAAUAUACAAAAAAAAUUCAAAAUGAUAAGUUUUUAAGGUCAAAAUACAAGAUAGAACCGUAAAUCAUAGGUUUUAUCAGUCAAAAUAUGAUUAAGAAAUUCAAAAUCAUGAGUUUGAAGGGUUACGAUAUAAGGUAAAAUCAGUUUUAUCCAUCAAUAUAAGAAAUAAAAUUCAAAAUAACACAUUUUAUAAUCAAAAAUAUGAGAUUAAAAAGUCAAAAUCAUAAGUUUUAAAGGUCAAAUAAUAAGACAAAACUGGAAAUCAUG